AAACGAGAAGGGCGGUGCCAUGAGUUAAGACUUUGCCGCUAAUAUUUUUGGAUCUCCAACAUAAGUGACGUGUUAUAAUUGAUAUUUUUAAGUUCAAAUAGUAUACAUCGUGUCGUUGUAUAUUUUAUUUAAAAAAGGUACAGACUUUAACUAUCACUCGCUCUAAAUCAAACGUCCUGGUGGUUUACAACGAGUGCUCACACAUUCGGCGGGUAUCAAACGUUAGCUAGCUGUUUCAUUAACAGCGAGCCAUUCGCAUUUUUAAACAAUCCUAUGUAUUAAUUUAUCAAACCUGGACUGGACCGGAUAAGACAGAUAGGAGCGCAAAAGACGAAAUGAACAGUCGACUGCAGGAAAUUCGAGAGCGACAAAAACUUCGGCGGCAUCUUCUCGCUCAGCAGCUGGGAGCUGAGAGCGCAGACAGCAUCGGUGCUGUGCUGAACAGUAAAGAUGAGCUCAAAGAGAUAGAAGAAACUAGAGAAACAUGCAGGUCAUCAUUGGAUACAUCUGCCCCACCCUCCAAAAAGAAGGCACUGACAGAAGGUGAUGACACAGAGGAAGAUGUGGAGGAACAAAAAGAUGAGUUGGAGGUGCAGCAGCCAGAGGAAAGCAACCCAUAUGAGGAAGUCUACAAGGACUCAAGUACUUUCCUCAAGGGUACACAGAGUUUGAACCCUCACAACGAUUACUGCCAACACUUUGUGGACACGGGUCACAGGCCACAGAACUUCAUUCGAGAUGUUGGCUUGGCUGAUCGAUUUGAGGAGUACCCUAAACUCAGAGAACUGAUCCGACUGAAGGACGAACUCAUCUCCAGCACCAACACUCCUCCCAUGUACCUGCAAGCCGACCCGGAGCACUUUGACCUCCAGGAUUUAAAAAGCGAGUUUGACGUCAUUCUUCUUGAGCCUCCUUUAGAGGAAUACUACAGAGAAUCGGGCAUCAGCCACACAGAGCGCUUCUGGACCUGGGAUGAUAUCAUGAAGCUGGAGAUUGAGGAGAUCUCUGCCCUCCGUUCCUUUGUCUUUCUCUGGUGUGGCUCAGGUGAAGGCCUGGACCUGGGAAGAAUGUGUUUAAGGAAAUGGGGCUUCAGGCGCUGUGAAGAUAUCUGCUGGAUCAAGACCAACAAGAAUAACCCAGGAAAGACCAAGGCUCUGGACCCAAAAGCUGUGUUUCAGAGGACCAAGGAGCACUGCCUGAUGGGAAUCAAAGGAACAGUGCGAAGAAGCACGGACGGCGACUUCAUCCAUGCCAAUGUGGACAUUGACUUGAUUAUUACAGAGGAGCCCGAGAUGGGCAAUGUGGAGAAGCCAGUAGAGAUCUUCCACAUCAUUGAACACUUUUGUUUGGGCCGCAGGAGGCUGCACCUUUUCGGACGAGACUCGACCAUAAGACCAGGCUGGCUGACCGUUGGCCCCACAUUGACCAACAGUAACUUCAACCCAGAGACCUAUGCCGCACAUUUUGCUUUGCCCGACUCCCACCUGUCCGGCUGCACUGAGGAGAUAGAGCGACUGCGACCCAAGUCGCCGCCUGCUAAGAUGAAAUCAGAGCGUGGUGGCGGGCCGGCUAGAGGGGGGCGUGGCGGUCCAAAUGUCGGCAGAGGUGGAGAGAGAGGCCGGGAAAGAAAUAGACCAAAUUUCCGUGGGGACAGGGGCGGCUUCCGCGGACGGGGAGGACCACAUCGAGGAUUUCCCCCUCGCUAGCACAAAAACCGGUAACCAGACUUGGUAGAGGUUGAUGAAUAUAGCAUCAGGUACAUGUGUACAAAUAUUGUCAAGGCAGUGACACAUCUCUGUAAGGAGACACUUACUCUAUCUGGAUACUUUUCUCGAGUUUUUGGCCCCCAGCAAUAUUGUUGUACUGUCAAUCCAGAGUCAUUAGUACACUAAUGAUUAUCCAGGAAUGUCUACUGUACUGCAAUCUCAAUUAUAUUCUGUCUGAAUGGUAUUUUUUUAACUCCAUCUCACAAAGAGACUUUUUUUUUUUUAAAAACAAGGUUAAAAUCCCAAAAGUCAAAAUAACAUGUAAAUGGAAACCAUAGUAGGGUUUGGUGCAAACUAAACAACAGAGGACCUUCCACUUUUCAUGACCAUUGUUGUUUUUUUUUGUGUGUCCAAAUAAAUAAACCUGUUCUCAA